UUAAGCAAGUCGUCAAGCUGCAAGAGUGGAGAACGCCGAGGCCCUCAAGCUGCGGACCCCACGCUUAAAAGGGCGAUGCAGGCAACAGCUCGGCGGGAGAAGAGACGUCUUCUAGAUGCACAGCGUGGAAAGUGCCGUGUGCGGCUGGGCUCCCACCUUGAUGAGUGGUGUGCACUAAAGGAUCAUUUGGGUUUUGCACAGCAUGCACAGUUGGCCAAAUUCCUUCUGGACAGCUAUAUAUCAACUUCCAGCUCAGGGGCUUCUGUUCCAAAAGCGGACGCACUCCUUUCUGUAUCUCUCUCAUCACUGAAACGUCUGGCUUUCCUGUGUCACCAACAUGGAAGAGACUGCCCAAAUCCCCCCACCAUCUUGUCACCAUCACAUUCUGCUGAGGCCCCGGUUUUACUAUGGGGUUGCAAUGAGCAUCAGUUUCAUUGGAAUCCAUGUGAUGGCUUCAAAGAGGUGGAAGCCCACUUAGCUGUUGGCAAAAAUAAACUGAAGACAGCAGAAAGCUUGUCUGAAGAGACAGAUACACAAGAGAAGGAUUCUGAGUCAGUUUGUAUGACAGGGAAACAAACAAGGGAGUCACAAAGGAAAGACGAGGACCAGGGCGGGACUGGGACAUGCUCUCAGGCAACUGACACUGGGCCCGGCAGUGUAGUGAGUUUAUCAGAGAGUGACACUACUUUGGACAGAAGUGAAGAGAAUAUUGUAGAGCAAGCUAAUGGUGAGAAAAGACUAGAGGUCCUGGUGGAGAGCAUAGCCAACGAGCAGGUAACAAUUUCAAAUGAGAAGACUACUGAAAGAAGGCUGGGGCAGACAUCAGGGAUAGGUGCGGAAGAGGAGCUAACCACGCUGCCAGCACCUACCAUCGAAGACAGUGAAAAGAGGCAUUCUGAGAGACCAGUCACUCAGGACAUUGUGGUUCCUGAUGUGGAAGAGAACUGUUCCAUAAACUCUUCAAGGAAGGGAACCCCGAACACUCCCUCAGGUCAGAGCAGCAGACGUCAGCGUGCCAAUCUCCAGCAGUCAGAAACCUACUACAAAGCCACAACUUCUCCACCACAGGCAGCUUUAGCCAUUGUGUGUAGACGAUCCCCUCGUGGUAGCAAAGGAUCCCACAGGAAAGCAGAAAGCAAGGAGCAAGUAUCUCAGACUGGAGCGCAGUGUACAACCGCAUACAAGCCUUUUACUGAGGAAAAAGAACACACAGUUGGCAUAGCUCCUGAGACGGAAACAAACGAGGAUAUAUGUCCUAUAGAAGAGUCUAUUGUAGAAGAAGUUAUUGGACCAAAUGUGUCAGCAGAUGAAAUGGAGAGUUUGGCUACUACUGAGGAGCCCCCGAUGCUGGAAGAAGAUUCAAGCCCAUCAGAUGAAAUGAUAUGGAAUGCAGACGAUGGGAGUCUGCCAGGGGAGGCACCAGUAAAAGAACCACCUUCAACUGAGAGUGGAGAUCAGCAGGGCAGCCACAGCAAGACACACAAGGUGACCCGACUCAAGCCUGAUGUGGAUGAAGAACUGGCUCAGAUAAGUAAAAAGAGGAUCAGAAAGGACACAAUGACGGAGCUGCUAAUGUGUGAAUAUGAGAACUGCGGGAAGAUUUUUUCUAAGCGUCAAUAUCUGAAUUAUCACCAGAAGUACCAGCACAUGAAUCAGCGCACCUUCUGUUGCUCUGUGUCUGACUGUGGGAAGAGCUUCAACUUUAAAAAGCAUCUUAAAGAGCAUGAAAAGAGACACAGUGAUCGGAGGGAUUUCAUCUGUGAAUUUUGUGCCAGAGCCUUCCGCAGCAGCAGCAACCUCAUCAUUCAUCGGCGUAUUCAUACUGGGGAAAAACCACUUCAGUGUGAGUUCUGUGGGUUCACCUGCAGACAGAAGGCCUCCCUGAACUGGCACAUGAAGAAGCAUGAUGCUGCCGCUUUGUACCAACACCCCUGUGACAUCUGCGGGCAGCGCUUUGAGAAGAAAGACAAUCUUGCUGCUCACAAGAGUCGCAAGCAUCCUGAACCACGUGAAGGGGCUUCACAGCCCUCCUUCGAGGGUGACACUACCUCUGCCAAAUAUUCCAAUCAGACUGAAAUGGCCUUUAAAGUGGAUUGCCAGGAGACUCUAACCGAGCUGACAGCUGUCUCUGAGGAGAGCAUAAAAGAGACCGUCUUCCCUGAGUAUCUAGAGCUAACAGAGAGUGUACAGGAAGCCCAAGAGACAACCCAGGCUGCAGGCAACACUGAGGUAUCAAUGGUGAUUGUCUUAUAAGGGCUGCUGCAUUCUGUAUUGUCCAUAGUAACUAAUCAUAAUGUAUAGAAGAAAGAUAUAUUGAAUAAGCUAGCCACACCGAAUAAUCAGAUUUUAGCCGUUAUUUUUAUCCUACAGAUGAUGGAAAGUAGUCCUUUACUUACGCUCUUGGUUCAUCUAAUUAUAUGGAGUCUCGAAUAGUACUUGGUUCCUUGGUCCAACAUGUUUUCAUAUUAACAAUCUUCUUUAAAAAUGAACAGCUUUCUUUUUCUGAGAAAAUAGUACAUACGGGAUCUUUUACAUGCAAGAUUAUAUUAAAACAGCUUCCACAUAAUGUACGCAUACAUAUGUGUGUAUGAUUGCCUUCAGAUAAAAGUAAAUAAAAAAACAUGUGAAAA